AUGGUUUGCAAGAGGCUCAACGACACCUUCGGGGAGGUUCCGGAAGAUCUGGAUACUCUAGUCCGCCGUCGAGAUGGCCUAGGUUGUUGCAUGACCAACAAUUUGAGGUUGAGCAAGAAGCCACCUGCGGAACAAAGUAUUCCUUUUGAAGCUGUCCAGCCGGCAUACAUCAUUCAUCCAUCGAUACUUCGAAAAAAGGGCGCGUCUUUGGAAGUUCUGGAAGCAUUCCUUUCUCCAUCGGGCUUUGCACAACUGAAGUCUCUAGUGGGUAAUCACGACGAUAUCCAAGCUGCUCUGCAAAACGUGUGGUGCUUAUCGCCUAGCAUGCAUGGGGCAAUUUGGAAUGGUGAUUUAAUUAUAUGGGAUCAAGCUACUAGAUAUAUCCAAAAUCAGAAUUCGGACUGUACACUUAGUGACGAUGAGAUGCGCGAGAAAUACAAAGACACGUAUAUCCUCACAAGAUGCAGGUUGUGGCUACAGAUUGAAGGUCUGAAGUAUGCAGAUGGCACUAAUUGCACCGGCUAUGCCUCCGUUCAUCUAUCUUCAUCUGACUCGGCCCUGAAACUACCCAACAAAUUCCUGUCUCACAUUCAUGAGCGUUUCGCACACGCACUUGAUUUUUUCUCCAUCGAGGAUGAGAUUGCGAGGGGUUGGCCGAAACCAGAAAGAGGUAUGUUCGAAUAUUCUGCGCGAUUCAUUCAUAGCCCCUAA